UCCAUAAGAAGUAAUAAAAGAAAAUUCAUUUUAGUAAAUUUUGGGUCUGAAACUGAUAAAGUUAUGGGUUCUCAGUAAAUCCCAUUAGACCACCGGCCGGCGCCUGAGCGAUGAUAAUUUCAUUCGGUUUUCUUGAGCUUACAAUCACAGGCAAUGGAUCCUUUGAGAGAAGAUGGUAGUACUAGAGUGUGCUGCGUGAAUGAUGAUUGUAAUGAAGGUUCUUUAAGCAAAAGAACGAAUGAGUGUAUAAUGGAGUGUGCUCUCAUGAGAUGUUGUCACAGUGACUUUAGAGCAGAGAACACUGCUGCAUCUACUGAGGAGCCUUCAAUGCAGGAUAUAUCAAUUCAAGCUGGAAGUGAAUUAGAACAAUGUGAACAAUCACGUUUUUACUUGGGUAUAUAUAAGCGUAUGGAAGAGUUGGCCACGGAUGAUGUGGUUGGUGUGGUAUUUGAAAGCCUUGAAAAGGCAGAGGCAUUCUACUAUGUGUAUUCUAAUGUCCUUGGGUUUAGUGUACGGAAAGAUGAUGUGAGACGUGAUAAACGUGGUUCGAUUGUUUUGAGGAGAUGGGUUUGUUCUAAGGAAGGGCAAAGACGUCAAAAAUACAUUGAACGAGCUGAUCGGAGGCAACGAACAAGGGCUUUGACAAGAAUAGGGUGUUGUGCUGCGUUUCGUGUGAGUUAUAGUAAAAAUAAAGGCAUAUGGAUUGCUAAGGAAUUUGUACCAACUCACACACACGGAGUCUCGAGCAGUAAUGGUGCUUUGUUGCAGGAUUCGCGCUGGCCGACUCAAGUUGGAACAUAUGUCUUUAGAGAAUGGGAACAAUCAAGUUUUCACUUGGGUAUUGAUAAGCGUAUGAAUGAGUUGGCCAAAGAAGAUGUGGUUGGCGUUGAGUUUGAAACACUUGAAAAGGCGGAGGCGUUUUACUACACAUAUUCCAAUGUUGUUGGAUUUAGUGUACGUAGACAUGAUAUGAAACGAGACAAAGAUGGUUCUGUUGUGUUUAGGAAAUGGGUUUGUUCAAAAGAAGGGCAAAGGCGUCAAAAGCACCUAGAAAGGAUUGAUCGGAAGCAACGAUCAAGGGCUUUGACUAGAGUAGGUUGUUCUGCUGCAUUUUCUGUGCGGUGCAAUAAAAAGACAGGCAAGUGGGUUGUUAGGGAAUUUGUGUCAAACCACACACACCCAUGGGAACCAAUUUAUAUGUUAUCCGUUACUCCACCAAAUCAGAAUGUUGAAUCUGGUUUUGUAAAAGAGAAGGUGAAGGAUGCAGUUGAGGGUGCAGGGAAAGGAAACCCAAGAAGUUAUCAACGAAAUUGUUCUUUGAGAGAAGAAGUUGGUAGUAAUCAAGGCUGCUAUCAUAAUAAUAAUAGUAAAGAAGGUUCUUGUGGUGGAAGAAGCAAUGAAUUUGAGCUGGAAUGUGGUGAUAUGACAGGUUGGCAUGGUGGUUCUAGUGAAGAGAAUAUUACAAGCAAUAAAGAUAUCUCAAUGCAAAGUUUUCAUGGUACUUCUGUUGUAGAGAAUGUUAAAAACAAUAAGGAUCUUUCUAUGCAAGAUUUGGGUAUGUCAACUCGAGCUCAAUCAUGCUGCGUAGAAAGAUGCGAACAAUCACACUUUUUUUGCUUGGAUAUUGAUAAACGUUUUGAAGACCUGACAACAGAAAAUAUGGUCGGUUUGGAAUUUCACACCCUUGAAAAGGCAGAAGCAUUCUACUACAUGUAUUCUACCAUUAUUGGGUUUAAUGUACGGAAAGAUGAUGUAAAACGUGAUAAACAUGGUUUAGUUUAUCUAAGGAGAUGGGUUUGUUCUAAGGAAGGUCAGAGGCGUCAAAAGCAUCUAGAAAGGGUUGAUCGGAAGCGAAAACCAAAGGUUUUGACAAGAGUAGGGUGUUGUGCUGCAUUUCGUGUGAACCAUGAUCGCAAGAAAGGCAGUUGGGUUAUUAAGGAAUUUGUGCCAACUCACACACACCUGUUGGCAGCAGCUAAAGAGUUACCAUCUCUUAAAUCAAACUGCAACAUGGAAGACUUAACGCAAUCAAAGACAAUGGGUAAUGUCGAGGAUGGAAGAGAAGGAAGCACGAGCAGUGUUCAACCAACUUGUGAUGUGUCAUUCUUACAUGACAAUGUUAUGAAUGGAAGGGAAGGAAGCACCAGUGGUGCUCAACCAACGUGUGAUGUGUCUUUCUUACAAGAUAUUGGAAGGGAAGGAAGCACGAGUGGUGUUCAACCAGUUUGUGACAAGUCUUUCUUACAGGAUAAUGGAAGGGAAGGAAGUACGAGUAGUGGUGGUCAACCAACCUGUGAUGUAUCCUCCUUGCAGGAUAAUGUUGUGGAUGGAAGGGAGGGAAGCAUGAGUGGCGUUCGACCAAAAAGUCAUGCUGCGUCUUUCUUACAGGAGAAUGUUGUGGAUAGAAGGGAAGGAAGAACGAGUGGUGGUGUUCAACAAAGAACUUGUGAUGUUGUCCCUGGGAUCACUUUGCCUCCAUGGACACUGACAAUGCCAAAAAUAGACAAGGGAACACAAGUCAUAGAAAUCCCCUGUGUAAAUGAGGUUGAAGGUCUUCCGCUUCCCAAUGAUGUCAAACAUGUAAGUGCAGAAAUAGUGACAAAUCUACUACAAAUGGUUGGUGGUCUCCAUGAAGUGGUCAUGGAAACAAUCCUCCAAGCAAAGGACAAAUUAAAGGAAGCCACUGAAGAAUCUCAAAGAAAGGACCUUGAAAUUGCCGAGUUGCGAAAUGCGCUAGAAGCUUACAAGCAUGCAGCUGAGUAUCAGGGUAGCAAGGAGUCCAACAAUGAUAACCCAAUAGAAGUAAGAAAUUUUGGUGGUUUAAUUAAUUUAAAUGAAGCUAAUGGUGAGGAUAGGGUAGUUGAUAAGGGAGGAGAAGUAGGUAGGCAAGGUGGUCAUGGCAGUGACUAUGGUUGCAAAACUAAUUAUAAGCAGAGCAAUUUAAUGAUAAAGCAUAUCCUAAAAGAUGCAGAAAUGAGUGACCGGUUACCUAAGAAGGCGAAGACAAAUUUGUAGAUGGUAUUUUGAUGUGUAUAUUAGGGUGAUUACUUAGUGGGAUGCUUUUUUUUGUAAUCUUUUGUGUAUAUGGUUUUUAAUCCCACAAAUUUAUCAUUAUUAGGUAUAUGGUUUUUAAUCCCACAAAUUUAUCAUUAUUAGGUAUUAGGUAUGAUACUCCAUAGAAGAAAGACUUCAACUUGAGCCAAAUAGUGUUUUGAAGCUACUUAGAAAAAGGCUCACGGAAUGGGCAAUGGAAAAUUGUGUUUGGUAUAAUAUCAAUGUACUUUUUUUUCCUUUUGUAUAUUAAAAAAUAUUGAAUGAAUCAUAAUGGUGCAUUCCUAGUUUAAGCAAA